AUGAGUUCAGAAAAUCAUGUAAAAGGUCUCCAACGACAGGAGAAGAUUCUGGAGAACCAACGCAUUCUACAAGAGCUUGGCUUGUCAGAAGGAAAACAAAAAAUGGCAAAUUUUCCAGUAGUAACCUCGUCUCGUAAAAGGGCAAGAUAUGUCAAACAAACCUCACAAAAUACCAGAAAAACUGUCGAAGUCUCAAGAGUUUCACGGCGACUAAAAGGAGAAGCUCCAGAAGAGAUUAUGGAAUUAGAUGAACUUUUAGACCAAAACGAUCGCCUACGCCAGGUAGAAAGUAUGGCGGAAACUCGUAUACAGCAAGAAAACACGAAAAAAGAAAUUGAUAAAUUAGCUGAGCACAUAAGUGUACCUUUGACACUAGCUUCUAUCGGCACCACUAUCUGGGAGCUGGGAGAGUUGUAUACAGGGAAAGGGCGGUCAAAGUACUGGAGUGGUAGAUCGUGCCGUUAUAGACAUCCUUAUCCUAUUGGUUUCCGUGCAACAAAGGCACACUUUGGCAACGAUUAUGCCAUGGUAAUUGAAAAGGGUCCCGAUGGAGAAGGCCCCGUAUUUACUGUUCAAGUCAAUGGAACUGGAACAGUAUUUAAAGGAGCAACACCCACAGGUCCUUGGACAGAAGCAUGUAAACGCAGCAAAUCACAAGGCACGCGUGUCAGUGGCCCAUUGUUUCAUGGCUUUUCUGAUCUUAUAACAAUGUCAUUGAUUCAGAGCCUGGACGGGUAUGAUCUGGCAUCCGAACCAGAAAAUGAAGACGCUUAG